AUGGAGUUGCCAAACAAGAACAUUACAAAAUUAACAUUCGUAAAGCUAGCAAAAGAAUCUGAAGAUCUGCUCACUGAGAACUACAUUCAAUCCUUCAAACUAAAGGUGAAACCGUCAAAUGAUGAAUUACUUAAUAUAUAUGAAAAUGAGAAGACAUAUAUUUGGAAUAUGAAAGAAAACUCAUGCACAUACAAUUGGUUUCAAGUUGAUGAAAUUCCAUAUCCACAUACAUUAGCAAUACUGAAGGAGAUGAAUCAAGAUUCUUAUGAUUAUUGCUCAGAAUUCUUUACUAAAGAGACAAUGAUUGCUAGAUAUCAAGCAAUGAUAUAUCCAAUUAGCAAUCAAAGCAACUGGAAUAUACCAACUAAGAUAAAAGAAAUACUUGUGCUACCACCAUAA